UUCAGCUGAAGAAAGGUGGGUGAGGAGACUGGGUCAGUCAGUGACAAGAAUGCCAAGGAGCUCCCACGACCGAGAUCCUCAAACGUCGAGUUCUACCUCCAGCUCAGACCUUGUCCCCGGCUUGGAAGGAAGGAGAUCUCAACACAUCAGCAGUAAAACAGGCAGCGGACUAAUGCACUUCAAGUAUGGCUUUUCCUGAGCCAAAGCCGCGGGCACCGGAGCUACCGCAGAAACGGUUGAAGACGCUGGACUGCGGCCAGGGCGCGGUGCGAGCCGUGCGAUUUAAUGUGGAUGGCAACUACUGCCUGACGUGCGGCAGCGAUAAAACCCUAAAGCUGUGGAACCCGCUGCGUGGGACGCUGCUGCGGACCUACAGUGGUCACGGCUACGAAGUGCUGGAUGCGGCCGGCUCCUUUGACAACAGCCAUCUCUGUUCUGGUGGCGGGGACAAGACGGUGGUGCUGUGGGAUGUAGCAACUGGACAGGUCGUGCGCAAAUUUCGGGGCCACGCUGGAAAGGUGAACACCGUUCAGUUUAAUGAAGAGGCCACGGUCAUCCUGUCUGGUUCUAUCGAUUCCAGUGUCCGAUGUUGGGACUGUCGUUCUCGGAAGCCUGAGCCAGUGCAAACACUAGAUGAAGCCAGAGACGGCAUAUCCAGUGUAAAGGUGUCAGACCAUGAGAUUUUGGCAGGCUCCGUGGAUGGCCGCGUGAGGCGCUAUGACCUAAGGAUGGGACAGGUCUCCUCAGACUACGUGGGCAGCCCCAUCACCUGCACCUGCUUCAGCCGGGACGGGCAGUGCACCCUGAUAUCCAGCCUGGACUCAACUUUGCGGCUUCUAGACAAAGACACAGGGGAGCUGCUGGGCGAGUACACUGGCCAUAAAAACCAGCAGUACAAGCUGGACUGCUGCCUGAGCGAGCGGGAUACACACGUGGUCAGCUGCUCUGAGGACGGCAAAGUGUUCUUCUGGGACCUGGUGGAGGGUGCCCUAGCGCUGGCCCUGCCUGUGGGUUCGAAUGUGGUGCAGUCACUGGCUUACCAUCCCACAGAACCCUGCCUGCUAACUGCCAUGGGAGGUAGCAUCCAGUACUGGCGAGAAGAGACCUAUGAGGCAGAGGGUGGAGCAGGCUGAGGCUUACGGACCUGACACCAAGGAUCCAAACUAACUCAGAAAACCCAACAAAAAGAACAUUUAUUCUAGAGGCUGCUGACCAAGAAGUGGGCCCAGGGAGGGGCUGCUCUAUAAAGUAAUAAAUAAAGGUAUGGCAAGAAACCCCAGUCUUUA